GAUGAUAAAUGGAUUAGAUUUUUAGGCCAAAGCUGUUUGGAGAAGAUUAUAGAUGAUAAUCAUUUGAUUUCGAAAAUUUCUUUAUUGAGUAUUAUUUUUGAAAACUUUAAAGAAUUAUCAGAAAAUCAGCCUACAUUUAUAGCAAGCACUUUAUCCUUGAUAGGAUUUGUAGUUCCUUCUAAGAAUUUAAUUCCAACCUCUAAUUCUUCACAUCUUUCCACUUAUGGAAGUUACUAUCAUUUAUCUAAAACGUCAAUUCUUCAUAUAAUAACUUCUAAUCUUUGGAUUCGUUGGAUUAGUUUUAAAAAAGAAUUUCAAAUCAAGUUUGAAAAUUUUCAAGAAAAGCAUCCUUUUUUCCGAGAUUCCUUUGUAAAACCAAUUAAAGAUUUUUAUUAUGUGGGUCAUAGUUCAACAAUACUUGCAAUUCCUUUACCAAACUUUGUUUCUUAUCCAACAGAUUACAAUUUUUGGAAAGCAUUAUUGUUACCCGCUUCCAACCCUUUUAUAUAUUUAAGUAAUGAUGAUAAACGCAGUUAUAUAGCCUACUUGAAUUUAAUUCACGAGAUUCUUGUAGAAAUAGAGUCAUUAUAUAUGUUACCUCAUCAACGAAGAAAAGAAAAUUGGUUCCCAUUUGUUAUUUUUUAUGAAUGCCGCACUGAUAAACUUCGUGAGCUAAUAAUUAAUUGGUCAGGAGACAGAGUGCCUUAUAUUUCAAAGAAUCUUAAAGAUGUUCUUCUACUCCCUGAAGAACAGCCCUCUCUUGCACAAAUUGAGGGUGCUAUUGAAGAGCUGAGAUAUUCAAUUAAAGUGCUAAAAGGAUCAGCUAAAUCUAAAGAACCCUCUCUUGCACGAAUUGAGGAGGCAGUAGGAGACAGUUAUACACGAAUUAAGGAUGCUAUUGAAGAGCUGAAAGAAUCUAUUAUACAUGAAUUGAGAAAUUAA